AUGCCUGUCGUCCAAACCAUGGACAUCACAAUUUCGGUCUCCGCGGCGAGGUGGAGCUGCUGCCCCGCGUUCAGCGUCAGUGCGUUGCUUCGCGAAAUUGUGUCCACAGCGGGACACCCGACACAGCCCGGCAGCACCUUUCGUUUCAACCAUCACGGACUCAACAUCGGAGCAAUCACCGCUAAAAGCAUGUAUCGGCAACUACCCGGUCCGAGCCUGCGCUCUUGUACGGCUCGUCCGAUACGACUCGGAUCGUCGCGCGCUAUCGGCACUGCCGUCACACCCCGCCGUGCGACCAGAACCGGCACCUCCGACGUCGCUCGCUUCGCCUCACGAGCCUUCUCGACACAUUCACGACUCAGCCUCGCGUCGUCCUCUUUGAUCAAGGCAGAAGCAGCUGCACGACCCUCGCAGGCAUCGUCAUCCUCUGCUUCGUCCUCAAUCGCCGCCAACGCAUCUAGCAGCUAUUCCGAUGGCGGACCUGCCACGCCGGGUGUCACUUCGGAUGCCGAGUCCCGCGCAGUCUACAUCACCUGGGCCAGCGGAAUCACCAGCAAGUUCCACAACAUCUGGCUUCGAGACCAUUGUCGAUGUACGCAAUGCUACCACUCCACAACCAAGCAGCGCUUGCUCAACACUUUCGAAAUCGCACCCGAUGCCAAACCCAUCUCCGCUGAGGCCACCACAGAGGGUCUGGUGAUCCAGUGGCCACUACUACCUUCCGAGCGCGCUGCGAGCACCUCUUCGCCUCCCGCAUCUGCAGCCGACGCUUCGUCAGCAGAUCCAUCAAAUCCAAACGCUGCUGGCGCUGGCACGGAAGCUCAGCACACCUCACUCUACCCAUGGCGCUGGUUGAUGCGCAACUCGUACUCUGCCCUACUAUCCGAUCCCAUCACAGCCUCGAGCGACGAGUCAGGACUCAAAGGUAUCGAGAAGGUUCUCUGGGGCAAAGGCAUCGGUUCCGCACCGCCUACAGUCAAGUUCGACGAAGUCAUGCAGAGUGAGCAAGGAGUUCUGAAGUGGGUCACAAAGAUCGCGCAGUACGGGUUCGCAUUCGUCACCGGUGUGCCACCAACACCGACUGAUACAGAGGCGCUCAUUCGUCGAAUCGCCUUCAUUCGCGAGACGCAUUACGGCGGCUUUUGGGAUUUCACUUCGGACCUGGCACAUGGCGAUACGGCCUACACGGAUCUCGCACUGCAGGCGCACACGGAUACGACCUACUUCAGCGACCCAGCCGGGUUGCAGAUGUUCCACCUACUCAGUCACACUGCGAGCAAGUCCGGAAGUCCUUCUUCGAGCGGCGGAAGCUCCUCGGGCUCUGCAUCUGGCUCUGGCUCUGGCUCUUCGUCGUCGCGUGGUCCAAGCGGCGGUGAAUCGCUCCUCGUAGACGGGUUCCUGGCAGCAGCGGUGCUCAAGGACGUCCACCCGGACGCUUACGAAACGCUCUCCCGCGUCCGCAUCCGCACCCACUCUGCGGGAGACGAAAACACCAUGAUUCGUCCGCUCCUCGACGGCGGCUACCCCAUCCUCCAACACGACGAAGCCACCGGCGAACUCGUCCUGGUGCGCUACAACAACGACGACCGCUCCGUGCUUCGCGUAGACGCCGAAGACGUCGAGCCCUUCUACGACGCGCUGCGCAAGUGGCACGAGAUCCUCACCAACCCCGAAGGCGAGUACUGGGUCCAGCUCAAACCCGGCACCGCCAUGAUCUUCGAUAACCAUCGCGUGCUGCACGGUCGUUCGGCUUUCGUGGGCAACCGAAGGCUCUGCGGCGCCUACGUGAACCACGACGAUUACAGGAGCAGAUUGGCCGUCCUCCGGGCUCAGUUCGCAGAGAAUCGAUCGGCAAGAGGCGUUUGGGAUGACGGAUUGUAG